CAUUUGAUUAUUGCAGGUAUAGCCAAACAGAGUGCUGUGCGCCUUAUUCCGGAUUAGGGUUAAGCUUUCAACAUUGUGCAAACUUGGACUCUGCCUCUCUCAGUUGAGUCACACAACAUCACCACCGACACAACGUUUGUUUGGUGCUUCGCAAGGAACAGAACAAUGAGUGUCCAAAGCCAGAGUGGUUCAAGCAAUGGCACCGAACGAUCAAGGACGCAUUGGACUCCAUUGCUGGAACGCUAUUUCAUUGAUCUCAUGUUGGAGCAUUUGCAGAGAGGGAACAGGGUUGGCCACACUUUCAACAAGCAAGCAUGGACAGACAUGCUCACCUCGUUCAAUGAUAACUUUGGUUCUCAGUACGACAAAGAUGUCUUGAAAACUCGCUACACCAAUUUGUGGAAGCAGUUCAAUGAUGUCAAGAGCCUUCUUUCUCACUUUGGUUUUUCCUGGGAUGCUGCCCGGCAAAUGGUUGUGGCUGCUGAUGAUGAUUCUGUUUGGGAUGCUUAUUUGAAAGCUCACCCUGAUGCUAGAUGCUACAGAACAAAACCAGUGCUCAAUUUUGAUGAUUUGUGUGUUAUAUAUGGCCACACUGUUGCUGAUGGAAGAUAUAGUUUAUCUAGCCAUGAUGUAAACCUUGAUGAUCAAGUACAAGGACAACAUUUGGGUGAUGGAAUGGGAAGCAUUGCUGUACCGAGUAGUGAACGUGCCAAGACAGAUUGGACUGCUUCUAUGGACCAGUUUUUUAUAGAGCUUUUGCUGGAUCAGUUAGGAAGGGGAAAUCAAGUGGAUAAUGGAUUCAAUAAAAAUGCUUGGACAGAUAUGCUAGCCCUCUUUAAUGCUAAGUUUGGAUGUCAACAUGGUAGAAGGGUUUUAAAGAAUCGGUUCAAGAAACUGUUGAAAUAUUACCGUGAUAUAACAAAUCUUAUAAAACAAGGCUUUUCGUGGGAUGAACAACAACAAAUGCUUUUGGCUGAUGAUGAUGUCUGGAAUGCUUAUGUCAAGGCACAUCCGCACGCACGAACAUAUAGAUCAAAAACUUUGCCAAACUAUCGUGAUUUAGAAUUAAUAUUCAGAAAUGUGGCUGAAAAUGAGAUCAGUAAUUUGCAGCAGGAGAAAAAUCAUGAAGAUGUCAUAUCAGAAACAAAGGCUGGUGAAACAAAAGGAAGUCGCAACCCAAGUGGCACUGAUCGUACUAGAACAUAUUGGACACCCCCAAUGGACCGAUGCCUCAUUGACUUGUUAUUGGAGCAGGUCAAACAUGGAAAUAGACUUGGGCAGACAUUCAUUGCCCAAGCUUGGAAUGACAUGAUUACAACUUUCAAUGAACGAUUCAAAUCUCAAUACGACAAAGAUGUUCUGAAGAAUCGUUACAAACAUUUCAGGAAACAGUUCAAUGAUGUAGACCAUCUUCUUCAACAGGGUGGGUUCUCAUGGGAUGAUACAAGAGAAAUGAUUGAUGCAGAAGAUCAUGUUUGGGAUGCUUAUACAAAGGCACACCCUGAAGCUCGAUCACUUAGAGUUAAAACCUUGCCAGACUAUUGGAAAUUGUGUGUUAUAUUUGGAGCGGAAAGUUCUGAUGCAAGAUACGUCCAUUUAGCACAUAAUGCAGAUCUCAGUAGUGAAUUACCGAUGUAUAUAACAGGUGAACAGAAGAAUGGCUUUUUUCCAAAUGUUUAUGAUGCUGGUUCUACAAUAGAGUGGACAGAAUCAAUGGAACACUAUAUUGUUGACCUUAUGAUUGAGCAAGUAAAUAGAGGAAAUAGGAUUGGCCAUUUAUUCAAUGAGCAAGCUUGGAUGCACAUGGUCCAAGCGUUUAACGCUAGAUGGGGACUCCAAUCUGAUAAGCAGGUUCUAAUGGAUCAAUAUUUCUGCUUGAUGAAAAAACAUGAUGACAUCAGCAAUAUUCUCAGUCACAGUGAAUUUACAUGGAAUGAAACCCUACAAACGUUAAAUGCUGAGGAUGAUGUCUGGGAUGCAUACAUUAAGGACCACCCAGAUGCCAUCUCAUAUAAAAACAAAUGUUUGUAUCUUUUCCAUGAUUUAUGCAAGAUUUUUGGAAACAAAUUAAUGGAAGUAUCAGAUGUAAGAGUGAGUGAUCUGGAGCAGCUUCAAUUGAUGGAAGCAAAUGAUUUUACCAUUGAAAUGGAUAUGGAUGAAACAAAUGAAAGUUUGCUUAAUGUUAGCAGUGUUGGUAUAUCAGACCAGGAUCCGGGCAGGGCAAAGGAAAUAGAUGCGGAUGGAUCAUUUGGGAAUUUGGUUGUGAGUAGCAGCAAUGAAAUUGAGAUUGUUGCCGUUGGAACAUCAGGAAAUUUAGAUGUGGAUAUGGAUAUGACAUCUGGAACCUGUGGGAAUUUGGAUGUGACUGGCGACACUCAAAUAUUAUCUCAAGAUAAACAAGGCCCUGACGAAAUGGCUACAAAUGGAACACGUGGGGAUUUGGAAUUGAGUGGCAACACUAAAAUAACACAGCAUGUCAGAAAAAGGCCUAAUAUGAUGUUUCAAGACUCCAGACCUCCCAAAAAGAAGCUGGGAAUGAAAGAAGCUUUGUCUGAGAUGGCUAGUGCUGUUAAGGCACUGAUGAAUGAUAAAGAGAACAACAAUACAUCAUUUGACGAUGCUUUAAGUGCACUUCGAGCUAUGCCGGACGUAGAUGAUGACUUAGUAAUGGAUGCGUGUGAUCUGUUGGAAGAUGAGAGAAAGGCUAAGAUAUUUUUAGCUUUGGAUAUCUCUUUGCGAAAGAAGUGGUUGCUUAGAAAGCUUCGUCAGGGAAAGCCCACAUGACUCAAACUGUAUAUAGCUUAUAAAAUUUUGAACUUUUCCUUGUCCAGAUUUUCCUUUUCAUCGCUAGCAAAAUCUUAGAAACAAUCCACAUCGUAGUGUGGCUGUGUACAGUGCAACAUAAAGCUUAAGCCAUAUACUAAAUUACUGACAUUGAAUUUUUUUUCUUGAUGGAUCUAAGUUCAUAACUACGCUGUUAGUCA